AUGGAGGAGAAGAAGUCCGAAGGAGAGUCUUCUCGCGAGAUUCAACAACAAAAAGCGAUGGAACGGUGCUCAAAAAAGCCUGUUUUCAUCGUCAGAAGGCAUCGCUCCCUCAAACCAGUUAACUGUAGGUGUCAUUCGAAACAUGGACAAGAAUCACAACAUUACUCCAAAGAAAAUAUAUGAAGAAAAGUAUUUUUGUCAUCUUUUCUAUUGUAAAAAACGAUUGUAAAAUUCCUGAGGUCUAUUUAAGGGGCGGAAUGACCUUUGAUCCAGUUUUUCUGGUUUCAACACCCUCCAGUUCGAUGACAAUAUCAAAAAAAUCUUGAUCACCUUUGACAGACCAAGCCAUGUUUUGUGAGCAUCCACUGAAGUGGAAAGUAUAAUAUUAUUAGGUACAAAGGCCCCUUUUGAGAUGACCCCUUCACAAAAAACCGAAUAAAAGAUGGAAUUAAGGGAGAAUUAAAAGUAAUAAACAACUUUGUUCGCUUAAUGGGUAUCCAGUGGCGGCUCGAGGGCUCUCCAGAAGUCGCUGACUCAGCCGGCUCCAGAGACUCCAGAAUAUGUCAUGAUCCUCUGGUGUUAUGUACUUUUACUCACUGUUUCCAUGGCUGAUGAGAUUGGUAAGAUUGACUAUUAUUUAUGAUCACCCAAAUGGACCUUCUUUCUUCUUUUUACACUCUGAUUACAUAACCGUUCCGUGAUCGCCUGAGGCGCUCUCGUCGAUUUCUCGCAGUAAUGAGACAUCAAUUUGCUUACAGAGCUGCCGGAAGUGAUAUGUUUGGAUGAUUUGAUGAGAGUCACAUUCGCAAAUACGGCGAGAUCAACCCUCUCCAAGGGCCGUGUUUAUGUUGUUGGUCAUGAGGAGAGUGAGCGUUGCAAUUUGGAGUUUAAAUCGAAGGAUGCACUGCACGUAGACAUCCCCCUUCUUCAUUGUGCAGACCUCGACCCCCUGAACAAUGAUAACAAUGGGCCCGUCAAGGUUAACGUCUACAUCAGAGUCAGUCCCCAUCCGGUAGGUCCCCCCCCCCUGCCUCAUUUAUUUAUUUUACGAUCGAACGUUUCGGGAACUAAUUUGAAUUGUUUUUUUCAUUCGGCGAAAACUCGACUCUUCAAUAAAUUUCAAAAAGUUCAAAAGCAAAAAAAGGUUGCGCAAUAUAUUAGUAAACAUUUAAAGGAAUUGUAAAAACAGGUUACUGUAACCAAUCUAAACAGCAAUUCCAAUUCUUUAAAGUUCAAAAUUAAAGAGCAGUUCUGUUCUUUCAGGUUUUAAUAACUGGAGGCAGUAAGGAAUUUCAUCUGGAAUGUUCUGGAAUCAAUAAAACAAAUCUGUUUGGAAUUAGCAACCCCUCAGUAAAUACAGUAUGCCAGCAUCAUGUGAAGACUUCGGGGAAAGAGAAACGAUUCGAAGAGAUUGUAUUUCAUGAAUGGAGAUGUUCGGAACAAUACGGGAUCGAGGAUUUUAUAAUGUGGAUCAAAGAGGUUACUGUAAUCUCAAAGAAAAAACAAGAAGUUACAGUAAUCAGCAACAACGGGUGUCUCAAGGACGAGUCCAUCAUCUCCAAUCUCCAUCCUUCUUUGACUGGAGUUCAAAAAAUCACGGCGUUGAGUCAAUUCUUUGCAUUCCCCAUGGAUAAUCUGUUUCGGAUUAAAACAAGUAUAGUAUUGGUCCCCAGGAUUAUUAACAAUCAAGUGGUACCGGUAAGUUUUAUAAUUAUUGCAUUUUUGUUGCAGUACUUUGAUUGUUCGGAUCCACAUUUGGGAUUUUAUACAAAUUACAUUGGAGCAGUCUUAACCACUACUUUAACAGAUUGGAUUACUGUAGAGACAUGUAAGAUCAAAGUUGUUCACCAGACUGUAUUUAGACGAUGAUCUGCCCAAACUUGGAAAUGAAAUCCUGACUUGUCCAAAUCUCCUGAUUAAUCAGGAGUUAGAACCAUUCGAUAAAUCGAAUAAUUCAACCGAAUCUAUUCUGGAUCUGCUGGACAACGCUGUGCUUAACAGUUCAGGUAACAGCAAUAAUCUUUAUUUGAUUUUUCAGAAAGCUUAAUCAAAGUAAAUCAGCGAGAUCUGAAGGUGGACGACAUCGUUUUAAAUCAAUUGGAUCAAAGUAUCACAAUGGUGAUGCUCAAGAAUACUAGUCGAUAUAAUAUUAUGUUUCCGUUGCAAAGGGUAGGCGAUCAUUAUAAAGUACAAUAACAAUUGCAUAACAAACAUUUUUCAGAAAUCUAAAUGCACUUGGCAAAGUCUGAAUACCCUCUUAUUAGUAUGGAGUAUAACAUCAGUGCUGAUCUGGAUGGUUCAACUUUCCUUCAAGUUUUAUUCUUAUUUGAUUCGAGAAUUCGAAGAUCCUUUACCUCGCCCCCCAGCUAGCCCAACACUCUCCAAGACCUGGGCCGAGCCCUACAAAUUGAAUCAAAACGUUUUACCCAAGGGCUCGGAAUAUCUGGAAUUCGAGCGCCAUCACUUCUUCUGA